AUGUCUACACACCAAUCCGCCAAUCCCACAACGACAGCGGAGUCAACAGUCCCUUGGCACGCCGCCUACCCAACCCCCACAACCACUGAACCCCUCACCAUAUCCCGCGAGGAAGUGCUGGCGCUGCUUAACGCGCAAGGCAGUGCUCAAGAUACCACCAGCCCGACCCCAAAUUUCUUGCUGGUUGACCUUCGUCGUGUCGAUCAUGCGGGCGGUACCAUACGCGGAUCCAUCAACCUCCCAGCGCAGAGCCUAUACCCGAGCAUCCCGACGCUUUAUCCCAUCGUUAAGGCAGCAGGUGUCCGGAAAGUGAUCUGGUACUGCGGCUCCUCAAGCGGCCGUGGCCCCCGCGCCGCAGGUUGGUUUGCCGACCAUCUCUCGGAUCGCGGGGACAGUGAGAUGCAGAGUCUGGUGUUGGUGGGCGGGAUCAAAGGAUGGGCACUUGCAGGGCCGGAGUACACGGAGUGGGUGGAUGGUUAUGACGCGGAGGUGUGGCCGAAGAAGAGCUCGGAGUAG